AGGAGCCAGAGGCGUUUCCGGCCUACUGGGUGGCUGUGGAGCGGCGCGGGGCCAUUGGGGCAGGCGCGGUACACUGGUAGGGGCCUGGGGUUGCGAACUACCUGUCCUUUUUUUUUUUUUUUUUGUCUUUUUUUUUUGUUGUUGUUGUUGUUGCUAUUUCUUGGGCCGCUCCCGUGGCAUAUGGAGGUUCCCAGGCUAGGGGUCGAAUCGGAGCUGUAGCCACCGGCCUACGCCAGAGCCACAGCAACGCGGGAUCCGAGCCGCGUCUGCAACCUACACCACAGCUCACGGCAACGCCGGAUCGUUAACCCACUGAGCAAGGGCAGGGACCGAACCCGCAACCUAGUCGGAUUCGUUAACCACUGCGCCACGACGGGAACUCCUACCUGUCCUUUUAAUGGAAAAUUUAAAAGAUAUUCGUAGGAAAUGUUUACUAGAGUAAUCCCAAGACUCCUGUUUCCUUGGCAUUUUAGGAUUUGGGGGCUGGCGCGGUCAGAUGCGCUCCGUUAGGUCCCAUCUGAACCGCGAACUGGGCUCUGCCUUAAGACUCACGAUACUGUAUGAGAAAUAAGGCAGGUAAAUUAAUAAAUCACAUGAUUUCCGAAUCAUUCAAAUGUGUUGAUUGAACACAUUCUGUGUUUAAAACACACCAGAGAAACUGGCGUCUCCAGUAGCGAGGUGAGGGCUGGGCAGAGGCAGGCAAAGAAUACUCUUGUUAAGUGACUAGCGCUUGGAAGUUAUGGCAAUUUUUUUUUUUUUUUUUUUUUUUUUGCCUUCGGUGGCAUACGGAGUUCCUGGGCCAGGGAUCAGAUCUGAGCCGCAUUUGUGACAGCUGCGACAACGCCGGAGCCAGGGCUCCCAAGACACCGCCAAUCCUGUUGCGACCCAGAGGAAACUCCAGGAGGUGCAAUUUUAACUUGGGUGGUGGUGUAGGAGGAGGCUUUGUUGACAAGGUGAUACCUGAGCAAAAGCCCAAAGUUGAUGAAGCAGGGAGCUCUGUGAUUAUUAUUUCAGGCUGAGGAACAGCCAGGGAGCGGAUUGGCAUUUAGGAGCCAAGAAGCCGGUGUGGCUGCCGGGAGCGAGUAGGAAAGAAUAUAGGUCAGGAAACAAGGUAACAAGGGAUCCUUGCGAAUCUUUGUGAGGACUUGCCUUUUGAGUUGAGGAUUUUGAGCCAUGCGUACUACUGGCUAUGAAGCUGGUAAACAAAUUUGUAGGAGGUAACUGGGCAGUGGACUGGGAAAGGAUGAUCAGGGAGGAUCCCUGUGCAGAAGAGACAUUUGAUGGAGAAGAAUCAGGGAAACGGAGAGCGAGGGGACGAGCUUUCCGGCUAGGGGGCAUAGCCAGUGUGAAGAACUGGUGAGAAAGGUCCAGGGCAAAAGGCCCAAGUGUCCCUUUUGGAUGAGAAGAGUAGUUCCUAGAGAGGUGAGAGAGUGGGAGGCGGCCAGGCCUGGGCUCUGCAUUUAUUUAUCCUUCUAUUUACAAGGUACUUUGGCCUUGGGCCCCCCACACCUCAGCCCCAGUGCUGCUUUCUGGGCUGGCCUCAGCCUCCUCUUGGGGGGCGCCCAGGAGCAGGGCAUCGUCUUCCUCCAGGAAGUCCUCGAGCUGCGCCAGCUGCCGGCGGAUGAGGUUGGUGGCCCGGUGCACCUUGCGCAUGCGCCGCAGCAGGCAUAGCACCAGGGUCCGGCUGCGAUCCUGGCGCUGGCACCAGGCCUCGCGCAGUUCACGGUAGCAGUUGUGGUUUGCACGCUCGGCUGGGCCCAGGCUGGCCCCACAUCCCAGAGGGCAGCGCUGAUGGGCACCGUGUUGGCAGUGCUGCCGGUGCUCGGCCAGGGCCCCACGAGGCACCCUCGACAUGCAGCCCUCGUUGGGGCAGGCCGUCAGCUCGAAAGGGCAUGAGUCCUGGUGCCCCUUCCGAUGGGCCAAGGGGCAUGUCACCAGGCAGCCCACUUCAGCGUUCUUGCACUGGGGAUGGAGGAAAGAAUUGUGUGAGCCAAAGCAAGUCGGGCAUUGGCAGUCAUGAACUGCCCACCUGCCACAAUCCUCUAUCCAUGACGUUCCACUGACCAAGAAACACUUAACUGGGAUCCUCCCAGGCCCUUAUGGAACCAGAGGUAUGGUGGAGAGAGGGAAACAAUUAAGCAAAUACUUUUUUUUUUUUUUUUUUUUUUUGUCUUUUUGCCAUUUCUUGGGCUACUUCCACAGCAUAUGGAGGUUCCCAGGCUAGGGGUGGAAUCGGAGCUGCAGCUGCCGGCCUACACCACAGGCACAGCAACGCCAGAUCUGAGCCGCAUCUGCAACCUACACCACAGCUCAUGGCAACGCCAGAUCCUUAACCCACUGAGCAAGGCCAGGGAUCGAACCCACAACCUCGUGGUUCCUGGUCCGAUUUGUUUCCUCUGCACCUCAAUGGAAACUCUGAGAACAGGAUUCUUCCACCCCCUUUCCCGGCUCUGCCCCUCUACCCCUCAGGGGCCAGGAGGGUAGGCUUGGUGGGAGUGGUGUUUUGAGCUACCUUGACUUCCAGGCGGCCAAUGGUCUUCCGGAGUUUGUUUACAUGGACCAUCUUUUUCCGUUUCACCUCUUUCCUGCAGCAUGGACAGGUCUUUUGUCUAGGAGACAUGAGUGGGGUGGUUGUUGGGAGUGGGAGGGGAGCAAGCGGCAGCAGCAUGCCUCCACUGGUGGUCCCUCCUCUCUAGCUGGACGAGGCAUAAGGCUUGAUAGGGAGCUCCCAGCUCCAAGGCUGGGGCUAGGAGCUGCUGAUAACAGUGACCAGGCUCACACGUGUUAGCGUCCUGGGAGAUUUGGCAGCUGAACUUUAUGACCAUGGUGACCCAGUGCUUGGCAGACUUUGCUCUCUGUUCUGGGCCCAGGCCCGCCCUGCCCUCCCAGCCUCCUGGGUGCCCAGAAGCACCUGGCUAGCCAAUGGAGGAUGCACUUCUUGCAGAAGAUGUGGCUGCAAGGCAACCUCACUGGCUUCUUGAGAACCCCAUGGCAGACAGAGCACAGGAAGUUGCAGUCAGGAGGGCUGGCGAAGAGGUUGAGAUCAUACCCGCCACUCUGCAAAGACCAGGCCAGUGUUAGGGCCUGGCUGGAACCAGGAUCCAGCCCCCCAAAACCUUAAGUGCAGCGGGACCCCAGGAAACUUCGGGUGAGAGGUGGGCCACACGAGAGACCCAGGGAGGGUUGGGUUGGCAUCCACUUUGAGGGUCAAGAUCCCCUAUGACAAUCCCCAGCUACAGAAGCUGGCCUUGGCCAGAGCCCUCUGCAAGUUUCUUUUGUCCCGUAUGGGAAGCCUGUAACUCCCUGUUUGCAUUGUCUCAGUAAGGAAUGGGAUCGAGCUCUGGAGUUAAAUUCAUCUAAGGGCUUACCAUGAUCUGUGUCUGGACGGCAGCUCCACUGACCCCCAGGGCUCAGGAGCCUCCAUUUCAUACCAGGACCAGGCCGACAUCACAGUGGCAUUGUCCAGCUCAGGCCAAUCACAGCCCUGGCCCAGGGCACUGCCUGGCUAUGACUCCACUCUAAGGGUCACAGGUGUAGGUAGAACCCUUGCCUUCAGGGUGGCUGAUGGCUGGUCUUUGGACAGCACUAAGCCUGGGACUGUUUGCCCCAAGCUGAGACUCCAUGAGGAACGCAGGGGCUGCUCUCCUCUCUUUCCUCAAAUAUUGCUGCUCAGGUGGCCGGAUCCCCAGGAACUUGAGGGCUUUAGUCAGACUCAUCAGGUCUCUCAGGAUUGGAGAGCCAUAAAGCUCAUGUAUGCUGGACGCAAGGGUACAGACUGGAUUUCCACGCAAACUGGGGUACACAGCAGAAGAGCCUAGCAUGUGGGGAAACCUCCCAGAGCAUGUAGGCUCCCAACCCAGAGGCAGGCCUAUGAGGAAAUCAGUCAGUCCCAACUUGGGGGACCUGCACACUUGGAGACAUGAGGCCUGGAACGGAGAACUACAGGUUCAAUGUCACUCCAAGACUCUGAGCCGCGAAGCUUCACUCCCAAUCUUGUUAGUGGUUUGCUGGGCCAGCCUGACUCUCCUCAAACUCAAAGCUCCUAACCUGCCAAGUUGUCACAGGGGGUGUGGGUGUAUGCAAUAGGGUCAGAACCCUGGCUCUGCCAUUCUUGGCGAGUGGGAUCUGAGGAGGAUCCUACCAACCUCUAAGACCGGGUUCUAACUCUGCCUUGCACCCAAAGCAGAACUGAGCUGGAUAGAAAAAGGUGUCCAUGGGGCGGCGGGGGGGGGGGGGUCCUCUCUUCUACAGCACACCUCGGUCUCAGCGUCAACGGAUGCAUUUUCCUGGCUUAUGGGUGGGGGACGAAACACACCCACACACGGAUGAAUCAGACCAACAGCUUUAUUGGAAAAUCAAAGCAAAGCCCCUCUGCUCCCGCGGUUCCGGUAGCGUCGGCGUCAGGCUCUGAGCAUCCAUAAGUCCUGUGGGUAGAAGACAAGGCGUGGAAUCAGAACUUAAGGAGUCCAGAGUACGCGAGAGGCCGCAGCCGAGCCCGGAGCGGCGGCGCGUGUCGGGGCCUGGGUUUCACCUCCCCACACCGAGAGUGAGCGGUGAGCUAAGGCUCCUGGUGGCUCUAGGCGCCGAAUCUCACCCACGGCCAUGGCCAAAGCCGCAGGUGAUUUUCAAACGACGCCGACCUCCUCAACGGCCCCCCCCCCCAAACCCCGCCCGGGAUAGAAAGUGCUAAAAUGCCGGAAAGCCAGCCGGGGAGACCUACCUGGAAGCCGAAAGAACAAGAUAGUCGCAGCGCGGGCCUUUAUAGCAGCGCCGCAGUAGUGCAGAUUCCCGGGCCGAGAACCUGCAAACACGCCUGCGCUCGCAGAGCUCGGUGGGGGCGGGGCCCCGCGCAGCCAAUCACAGGCUGCUUUAUAGGCCCUCGGCGCACGUCGGCCUGAGGCGGGGCAACCCAGGUCUCGCGGCGCUUGGCGACAUAUAAAAGCUCCCUCGGGCGAGCACGUCUUUCUUCUUCGUGAAAACACCAAAUGGCGGAUGACGCCGGUGCUGCGGGAGGGCCUGGAGGCCCCGGGGGCCCUGGAAUCGGAGGCCGCGGCGGCUUCCGCGGAGGCUUUGGCAGCGGCGUCCGAGGCCGGGGCCGUGGCCGGGGUCGGGGCCGGGGCCGAGGCCGCGGAGCUCGCGGAGGCAAAGCCGAGGACAAGGAGUGGCUCCCCGUCACCAAGCUGGGCCGCCUGGUCAAAGACAUGAAGAUCAAGUCUCUGGAAGAGAUCUAUCUCUUCUCUCUGCCCAUCAAGGAAUCCGAGAUCAUUGACUUUUUCUUGGGGGCAUCCCUCAAGGACGAGGUUUUGAAGAUCAUGCCGGUGCAGAAGCAGACCCGUGCCGGUCAGCGGACCAGGUUCAAGGCAUUUGUUGCCAUUGGAGAUUACAACGGGCACGUCGGUUUGGGUGUCAAGUGCUCUAAGGAGGUAGCCACUGCCAUCCGGGGGGCCAUCAUUCUGGCCAAACUCUCCAUUGUCCCUGUGCGGCGAGGCUACUGGGGGAACAAGAUCGGCAAGCCCCAUACCGUCCCUUGCAAGGUGACUGGCCGCUGUGGCUCCGUGCUGGUGCGCCUCAUCCCUGCCCCCAGGGGCACUGGCAUUGUCUCAGCCCCUGUGCCCAAGAAGCUGCUGAUGAUGGCAGGAAUUGAUGACUGCUACACCUCUGCCAGGGGCUGCACUGCCACCCUGGGCAACUUCGCCAAGGCCACCUUUGACGCCAUUUCCAAGACCUACAGCUAUCUCACCCCUGAUCUCUGGAAAGAGACAGUGUUCACCAAGUCUCCUUAUCAGGAAUUCACUGACCAUCUUGUGAAGACCCACACCAGAGUUUCUGUGCAGAGGACCCAGGCUCCCGCUGUGGCCACCACAUAAUUUUAUACGAGAAAAAUAAAAUGAAUGAAGCCGGUU